CAUAGAGAAUAGGGCUGUGCUGCUCUCAUUCACAUCUUACUGAGCAGCUGUACAACACAUCACACUGGAAAUCUCUUGUUAACCAAGCAGUGAAAUUCACAAAAUCUAUGAGAAAUAAUACUAUAAGCAACCUCAGGACCUCAUCCAUUCUAUAUUACCAUUACAGAGGAGCACAGCCUUCUACCCAUCACUACAUUGCGGAGAUGCUUUCAUGACACUGGCAUCACUUAUUUGAUACCUCUUCAAGUCCUAUCAUUGUGAAGAACUGCAACUUUGGGAACUUCUGCUUUGCCCUGGACUAUAGAAUGCAAGACUCAAUUCCGCCAAACGUUCACAGCAAAAUGAGGUUUCAGAAGAUGUUGGUGCAGUGCCAUCUAGUGGAUUAUAUUUAGAUGACAGCUUGGAAGAUCGGUUCAGCGGAUUCUACUUUUGGAACUAUGGCUGCAAGUUCAUUAACUGCUACAAAACUUAUCCAAGCAACUCAGAGAUGUGACAUUACCAUCAAGCUUCACUACAACUACACAGGAAAAUCUUUAAAAUGCAAUGGCGAUCAAAUGGAUAAAACCAGUAUGCUGUUUCUUAUCAUAUGCAGCUUUAUAGUGCUGGAAAAUCUGAUGGUACUUAUUGCUAUAUGGAAAAAUAACCGAUUCCAUAACAGGAUGUACUUCUUUAUUGGCAACCUUGCACUUUGCGAUUUACUUGCGGGAAUUGCUUAUAUAGUCAAUAUCCUUAUGUCUGGAGCGAAUACAUGUACUAUUUCACUGACAGCAUGGUUUGUCAGGGAGGGCAGUAUGUUUGUUGCCCUGGGAGCAUCUACAUUCAGUUUGUUGGCUAUUGCUAUUGAAAGACACUUGACAAUGAUAAAAAUGAGGCCUUAUGACGCCAAUAAGAAAUAUCGUGUAUUUCUGCUCAUCGGGACCUGUUGGCUUAUUUCCUUUUCAUUAGGGGCCUUACCAAUUCUUGGCUGGAACUGCAUUAACAACUUAGAUGACUGUUCUACUAUACUACCUCUGUAUUCCAAAAAGUAUGUUGGGUUUUGCAUUAGCAUUUUCAUAGCCAUCCUCAUAGCCAUAGUCAUCCUCUAUGCAAGGAUCUAUAUCUUGGUGAAGUCAAGCAGCAGGAGAGUCACAAACCACAGCAAUUCAGAGAGAUCAAUGGCACUCCUUAGGACUGUUGUCAUUGUCGUGGGGGUGUUUAUUGCCUGCUGGUCACCUUUAUUCAUCCUCCUUUUAAUCGACGUAGCCUGUAAAGUUAUGGAGUGCCAGAUACUGUAUCGAGUUCAAUGGUUUAUUGCCCUGGCUGUCCUCAAUUCAGCCUUGAACCCUCUUAUUUACACUCUGGCCAGCAAGGAGAUGCGACGGGCUUUUUUCCGCCUGGUGUGCGGCUGCUUGGCCAAGUCCAGUACCUCAAGGUCUCUACCGAUUCAGCCAACACCUGACCAAAGCAGGAGCAAAUCCAGCAGCGGCAGUAAUUCCCCAAAACACAAAGGAAUUAUACAAAUCCAUUCUCAAAGCAAAGAGGACAAAAGUGAAUCUUCAUUUCAGAAUGGAACCAUCAUCAAAUGACUUUCCGCUACGCAUGAGUAGUCCACAGUCUGCUCUGUAUUAGGGAUAAAGAGACUAAAAAAGACAUUAGAAACUGUAAAUAUAUAUAUAUUUUUUUUUUGUUUGUUUUAGUUUUCCUGCACUUAAAUUAUAACAACUGACAUAGUAACAUGAUGCUCUAUAUUUAAUGCAUGGAUUUCUACAUUUUUAUACAAUGCUGUAACUCAGGUAAUAGAUUGCAUGUUACAAUCAGUUACAUUUCCGAUGCUUGUAUGCAGAAAUCCCAGAAUCUCGUCUAUACAAUUUAAAGUUAUACUCAGUGAGUGUAUAUCUUAUAUCAGUAGACUUUUUCUAAAUUAAAUAGAUAACACUAUUAUGCAGCAGUCUUAUUGAAAGGUCAACAAAUAAAAAUAUGUUUUUUACAUUAA